UGGUGGCCAGUGUGGUCCUUUUUUUCCCGCCAUUGCUGUCUUAGAGAGUUGGCGGGCGGGGGCGGGCUAAGGAAACACGUCAUGUCUUGGAGGCGCAUCGAGGGGCGGCCACUCGCCCUUUGGUGGAGCUUUGCCGGUUUCAAAAGCAGUGUUUUUGUGGCCCUGUAUAGGUUUUUACACACGAGAGGGCGAAGGAUGUGUUAAAAAGUCUCAGAAUUAUUGUUUUUCAUGGAGGGGGGGGAAAGGGAAGGUUAUCGCUAUCUAACUGGUGCCCUAAUUCGUAUUUGAUAGUUUGGGUUUACAGCAAUUUUAAAUUUUUUAGUAGUCAUUUCUCUUUGCUUGCUUUUCCUGCCAUGAAUAUGAAAAUUAUUAUUUUCUAAUCUUUGUAGCUGAAAAAAAUUCCUGUGAUCCACCCAGUUAUGGCUAGUACCCGAGUUUCUGGAAAUGAAGAAAGGAUUAAAUAUGUACAGGGAGAUCUUUUUACUUGUUCAGAAACAGAUUCCUUGGCUCACUGUAUUAGUGAGGAUUGUCACAUGAGUGCUGGCAUAGCUGCUAUUUUUAAGAGGAAGUUUGGUGGCGUUCAGGAACUUUUGAACCAACACAAGAAGACUGGAGAUGUGGCUGUUCUGAAGAGGGAAACUAGAUACGUAUACUACUUGAUCUCAAAGAACAAAUAUUUUCAUAAACCUACAUAUGACAAUUUACGGAAGAGUUUAGAAGCUAUGAAAAUCCAUUGUCUGAAAAAUGCAGUAAUUCACGUUUCUAUGCCAAAGAUUGGUUGUGGACUUGACCGUCUGGACUGGAAGAAAGUUUCAACAAUGCUUGAAGAAGUAUUUGAAGAUACCAAUAUUCAUAUUACAGUUUAUACUCUUUAAUUUCUAAUAUAAUUGUCUUUUCGGUUUGAUGUCAUAUCGUUGUAUCUUAGCUGGCAUGUGCUGAUAAUAUUCAUAUUACUAAUUCUAGUUUCCACUAAUUCUAGUUUCCACAAUUCUUUAAGUCAUCUGCUUACUCAAAUUAAAAAAAAAAAAAGUCAAAAUGUACAUUCUAAUGUUUGGAUACUUUGUAUAUCUAUCUCCUAUUUAGCAAUUGGAAGAUGUUAUUUUUGAUCUUGAUUGGCAAUCAUGGAAAAGAUUGGAAUAAGGUGGAACAUUAUGUUUCAGUUAUAGAUUUAAAUGUUUACAAAAAAAAUCAGAUGUUCACAUAUGUAAAUAAAAGACCUUUUCCAAA